AUGACGUCCACCAAGCCCAAGCAUUUCCUUCUCGCGCCAUUCGGAGGAUGGGGUCACCUCCGACCGGCAGUCUCGUUCAUACCCAGCCUCCUGUCCAAAUCUCCCUCCUCGUUAAUCACAAUCCUAGUCCCCGUCUCAAACUCCAUUCCAACUUCCGAGGAAUUCAGAAGGUUUGGUCUAGAUACUAAAUCCAACGUGAAAGUCAUUCAUUACAGAUCGAAGGAGAAUACCAAGGAAAUAGCAUAUACCAAGGGCAAUGGAUUGAUGAUUCAAAUUAGGGAAUUGAUCGGUGCGAUAAAUGCCAAUUAUGGCAAGAUUAUAAAAUGCGAGCCGGUUUAUGAUACGCUUUUAGAGAAAGAUGUCGAAACACACCGUAUUAUACCACAUUUAGCUAUCACUUCCAUUACUACCACUCAAUUUACUAUCCCCGCUUGCGAGAAGAUCAACAAGGAAUUGACAAAGAUGUUAAAUUGGCACUUUGGACACCGACCGGUGUGGAACACGCUGCGUGGUGAGACGUAUAGAGAAAGAGUGAAAAAGAUCCUUGAAGCUCCUGAAGAAGAGAAAGAUAAGGUUUAUAAUGAAGUACUGGGUGAAAACGAAGAAGUCGUUCAUGUUCCGGGCACAGCACCUAUAUAUAUCUUCGAAGCACAACCUAAUCGAAAGGACACGUUCUUUCGAAUCGCUUACCCAAUUUUACCAAUUUUACCUCGAGUGACGAUGGUUCACCCUUAUCCUGCUUUCUUAGGUCAAGAGUACAAGAGGGCUGCUGAAAAAUCAGGAUACAAUGUAUUGCAAAUAGGCGCACAACUACCUAGAGAUGACAAAAUUUCAUUUCAGGACGGUCAUAUCAAGAAAUUCCUCGACGGCGCAUUGGCAGAGAAAGGCAGAAAUAGCCUCUCGAUUCUCCUUGAAGUUCUGAUCUCGAGGGAUAAACGAUUCAUUCUUUCUCUGGGAAUCGCAUCACCUGAAAUCCAAGUUAUGGUCCAGGAAAAACUUGAUAGACAAGGUAAUGGAAAAGGAACAUACGCAGAUUGGGCACCUCAAUUGUCCAUUCUGAAGCACGAAGCAACAGGAUGGUUUUUAACUCAUGGAGGUGCAAACUCGGUAUUGGAGGCUAUCAGAACACGUACUCCUAUGUUAUUCUGGCCGGCAGAUAUCCAUCAAGUAUGGAUAUCCAACGCUAUGACCAGAGUGCAUUCAGCGGGAUAUGAAUUCCUGCAGGUCCGUAAUGAACCUAACAUCGGGAGGACCACUUAUACAGGUGUUAAGGUUGAGGGCACGAAGGAAGCCAUCGAGCGAGAGUUCACGCAUGUCUUUGGUUCGCUGGAGAAAGACGAAUAUGGUAGGAAGUGGAGAAAGGGAGUGGAAAGGCUUGGAGAGAGGAUGGAGAAUGAUGAGCUUACGGAAGGGGAUUGGAAGAAAUUGGUAAACUUGUAG